GGAUACAAAAAAUGCAUCACAAACAGUCGCGUCUGGCCCGUCACGACAAUGGCCACCAUCGCCACGGCCGACGGGAUUUUGAUCUUGUCGAGCGUUGCCUUGGUACAGUAGUCAUGGUACAAGCUUGUGGCGGUCUGUAACGCCGUCUUGUCUUCCUUUUGAUCAUCCUCUGAAGCACUAUCGGACCUUGGAUUCUUGGCGGUUUCCGUCAUUUUGUCCUGACUGACUGAUUCAAUCAAGUCUUUCUUUCUUUCGCAAGUCCCUGACCCCGCCUGUUUUGGUUACGCCAGCUACUUGCUAGCUAGCUACAGCAAGGAUGAAUUGAGUUGAAUUCCUUCACACACACAACGGUUUCGCUUGCUCUUUUGGUGGUGGUGGUCGUGAUAUUGCUGACAACUAACCCCAAAGAGUCAACACCAUCGCAAAGACUCCAAGGUCUUGUCUUUCUUGUCGCCAAUUCUUCGACUGCUUCGCGGCUUUGGUGGCAUCAUCCAAUCAAUCGUCUUUCGUUGACUCAACGGUCCAUUCACCUUAGCCCUACCGAAGUAAAUGGAUCCAGUGUGCGCCUUUAAUACAAAAAACGCUGCCCACAAUUCCAACAACAACAACAACAACCACCAUGGAGCAUCAUCAAGACGACGACGACGGCGAAGAGCCCACGGUUGUUCGGCUGCAACGAGAAUGCGAGGCUAUGAUGAAGCUGCUCACCAGAUUGGAACAAGAAGAGUUGGAUCUAAAGGCGCAAAAUGAAAUUCUGGCACGAAUGGCGCUCAACUGCGGGUGUUCUCCGGCGCUAUUGGAGCCACCGGCACCCAAACGACGAAGAACCAACAAGAGUGCGAAUGCUGCGAACAAAGAGAAAUAG